AUUCUUAAUAUUGCAGGCGAUCCGCAUAAGAAUAAACUCAGCUGUGCUAAACUACGUUUCUUUGCGACUGUAAAUGCCGUCUAACGUGCUGUAUAUGUCAACCAGUUACUAAUCAGCGAACAUUUUGAAGAGUUUGUGUUAUAUUAAAAUUGGAUAACAUGACUGACGCUUCCUCACCGCCACCUUUAAAGAAGAGCUUUAAUGGGAAUGGACAUCCAGUUCUGUUUGAUCCUCAGAGUGCCCUUCAUGGAGGUCCACAUGAAGCUGUUUCUGAUGAACUCUGCAAGCUACCUGGAAGACUGCGGAUAAAUCCCUCCCUGUGGAAUAAAGAGGAUGUGAAUCUCUGGCUGCGCUGGGCCCAUAGAGAAUAUUCUUUACGGCGUCCUGAUCACCAAUCAUUCGAGAUGAAUGGAAAAGCACUUUGCCUGCUCACCAAAGAAGACUUCCGUCUGCGCUGUCCCAGCUCUGGUGAUGUCCUCUAUGAACUUCUUCAACACGUAAAGCAGCAGAGAAGAUGUGCCAUCUUCAGCCCUCCGUCCAGCUGCAACACACAGUCGCAGCAGAUGCUCGGCUUACCUGGGACGACAGCUCCCUGCACAUUCCCAGUUUGUCCUGUGAAUCCAAACUCUGGAGAAUUAGCAGCUGGCGGCACAAAUCACAGCCAGACAAAAUUAUGUGUUAACAGUGGACAUCUGCAGGACAUACAAACAGGACCUUCUCAUCAUCAGGAAACUACAAGGCUUACACUCAAUGUAAGAAAACCCCCAGAUGAACCACUCAAUCUGUCAAAUAAAUCAGAAAGAACUGGACACAACGCACACACAUCUGAAGCAAAUGGAAAGAUUGCAGACUGUAAACUCUUAUGGGACUACGUGUACCACCUGCUGUCAGACAGUAGGUAUGAGGCCUACAUCCGCUGGGAGGACCCUAAGACCAUGAUCUUCAGAGUGGUGGAUCCCAAUGGACUAGCUAGGCUCUGGGGAAACCACAAGAACAGAGUCAACAUGACAUAUGAGAAAAUGUCUAGAGCACUGCGUCAUUACUACAAACUCAACAUUAUCAAAAAAGAGACAGGGCAGAGAUUACUUUUCCGGUUUCUCAAGACACCUGAUGAAAUAAUGCAAAGCAGGUCAGAUCGUGCAGAACCUUCAGAGUCUCCUGACAGUCCUGCCUCUCCUGACAACAGAGAAGAUGUUCUAGGAGUAUCGCCCGAAUCGUCCCCCACCUCCUUAAGCCCCUGCUCUGAACACAACUUCAGCAUAUCACCACUCCCGUGAAACAUACCUCCACAUUCUGAUUUAACAUGAGCUUUAAGAAUGGUUCACAAUGAACUCUGAUCUUCCAUAAGUGUGAAUAUUAGUAAUUGCUGUAGGGAUAAGACUUCACAAGCUGCUUAACUUUAGAGCUACAUCACUCUUUCUAAAUUUCGAGUAGCUGCAUUCAAUUCUUCUCUGGUUUAGCAGUGGGGGUUGGGAGUAAAGUACCAGUAAACAACACUAAUUUUUCAAUACAAGCAAAUAUGAUACAGGUUCUAAUAUCUUUUGAGGAUUUAGAUUUAGAAGUUGACGUUUAUGAGAAUACUCUCUCAGGUUGUAACUUGGUAGCAUUCUGUUUCUUUUUGUGUAUGAAGUAAAUAAUUAAUGGUAUUCAUUUGUUAUUAAUCUGUAUAUUUAAAUCUGUUAAUGCGAUAAUUAAAGGGGUAAUAUGACAUGGCUAAAACGAAUAGACGUAAUGCAAUGUGUAAACACGAUUUAAGGUUCAAGAAUGCUGUAGGCGUAUUUUCCACAUACCGUUCAUGUUUGCAUCUCCUCUUUGCCCCGCCUCUCUGAAACGCGAACAUUUUCACAAAGUUCAUCGCUCUCUUAGCGAGGUGUGCUAUGAUUGGACAGUUAAGCAGUGCGUAUUGAUAGGUUGAAUACUGCAAGCAUGUGACGGAAAUGUAACGCCUCUUACCAUAUUUGGCAUAUGAGGUUCAAAAGCUAUGGAUCAAUUUCACAGAGUAACAUGUACAAACCGGAAGUAGGGUAAACGCUUGUCCGGUCAAUGCUCUAGGUCCGUUCACUACACAGAACAGUUGCAGAGACCAGAAGAAGUUAGACAUGAAGCCUAACCUAACCCUUAUGCUGAUUUGUCUAACACAUAUCAGACCUUGAUAAUAAAUAAAUCGCUCAAAAAACAAUGUUUUUGUAAUGUUUGCUUUCCCUAUUUUUACAUCUCCCAGUAAACCAUGAAUAAAUCGGACAACGUAUGUCAUUUUGGUAAAGAAAAUGAAUGCCUGUGAGAAAACAAGCUGAAUGAAUGAAUGGCCAUCGCAGCAAUGUGGCCGAAAAAAACAAUCCCCUACUUACGGUCUCGGUCGCCAUUUUCUGAAAUACUGUAUGCGUAUUGUACUGACGGUACUGACUUGCCUAUACAUUUGGCCGGUCUUAGUCAACUCAUACCACGAACUGAUGUGAAUUUGUGGGGGUUUGGUUAAACAAGGCGUUUCAGGCAGGUCUGGGUGAGCAUUCACUUUUAGAUAGAAUGCAUCUUUUCUUCCGACACUUUCAUUUUUGCAAUUUUUCGUGUCUAAUAUACAUGCAUGGGCAACUUAUAACACACCAAAGACAAAGAAAACACGUGUUCGUGCCAUAUGACCCCUUUAACUAAAACUGACAAAUAAAGGGAUUAAUAUAUUUUUUUGUAAAAUGUAUCAUUAAAGGAAUAAAAUUAUAAAACAUAAAAUCA